AGGGCCAAAUCUGGUUCUGUUUGUCAUCUGCAUAUUACCAGGAACUAAAUCCAGGAUGACGUCGACUCAGUAUAAAACCAACAAGAGGUUCAGCUGGUCUAAACUCCGUCCUACCCGCGGGUUGAGUUCGGCGAACGCCGCUGCGAGGGGAGGGCGGGAGGAGGGAGAGCGGACGCAGGGGGCGGGGAGGGGCGCGGGGCUGCGCGCUGGCCCGCGCUCUCUUUCGGUUUGGUCGGCCGCUGGAGGAGAGUGGACCCCCCCCAACUUUUGAGGCUUUUUCCCCGGCGCCUCCCCGCCGCCCCCCGGUCCCGGCGCGGGGCUCGGGGAUGCCCGCCAGCAUGUUCAGCAUCGACAACAUCCUGGCCGCCCGGCCGCGCUGCAAAGACUCGGUGCUGCCCGUGGCGCCCAGCGCCGCGGCUCCCGUCGUCUUCCCGGCCCUGCACGGGGACUCGCUCUACGGCGGCGGCGGCGGCGGCGCCUCCUCGGACUAUGGCGCCUUCUAUCCGCGCCCCGUGGCCCCCGGCGGCGCGGGCCUCCCGGCCGCGGUCGGCGGCUCCCGCCUCGGCUACAACAGCUACUUCUACGGGCAGCUGCACGUGCAGGCGGCGCCCGUGGGCCCGGCCUGCUGCGGGGCCGUGCCGCCGCUGGGCGCCCAGCAGUGCUCCUGCGUCCCGACGCCCCCAGGCUACGAGGGCCCCGGCUCGGUGCUGGUGUCCCCGGUCCCGCACCAGAUGCUGCCCUACAUGAACGUGGGCACGCUGUCGCGCACCGAGCUGCAGCUCCUCAACCAGCUGCACUGCCGGCGGAAGCGGCGGCACCGCACCAUCUUCACCGACGAGCAGCUGGAAGCGCUGGAGAACCUCUUCCAGGAGACCAAGUACCCAGACGUGGGCACCCGCGAGCAGCUGGCCCGGAAGGUGCACCUCCGCGAGGAGAAAGUGGAGGUCUGGUUUAAAAACCGCCGUGCCAAAUGGAGGCGGCAGAAGCGGUCCUCGUCGGAGGAGUCGGAAAACGCCGAGAAGUGGAACAAGACGUCGUCCAAGGCGUCGCCCGAGAAGAGGGAAGAGGAAGGUGUCCAGCCCUGGGAAGCAUCAGUGAAGAGAGAUCUUAAGAAGCCCUCUCCCAAACCCUCCUCUCUCCCCUGGGAUUUGUUCCACUGUACCUUCUGUUUUCCUAAUUCCGAGGUCCUCUGGAGUCCGCCGACCAGAAGCAAGCGACCGGCUUCAGUCUCGCUGAGCAUUUGCCCGCCCUCCCUUAACCUGAGCUGAUUUUAUAGAAGCUAUCAUUAGUGAGAUAAUUUUAGCUGUGAUGGACAGAGUUCAAAAGUGUCCAUAGCCUUUCCUUCCUGAUCUGCCAGUCGUAGAAUGCCGAGCCCUGGAAAUGCUCCCACCCUGUUGCAUCAGGGAGGCUCCCGACCACAGAAAAUGCCAGCAACAGCAGGUUAAGGAGACAGAUUCUCUUUGUCGGGCUGAGCGAGGCUGAGCUUCUUUCCUGGCUAUUGCCAUGCUCCCAGUGCUCAGAACUAACACAUGGUAACUUGUUUAAAAAAAAAUUUUUGU